CACUUGUACAAUUUUAGCGAAAAAAAAAUCAUAUCUUCUUAUCAUAAUAAAAAAAUUUUAGCUCCUGUUGCUAUGAACCACUUUUAGUAAAGUGAAGCUUAAGUAGAUAGUAUCGCGGGUAGUGCUAUAGAACGUGCAAUCGUAGUUUAGUAAAAAUGUACCCGAGAAUAAUAAUAAUCGGUGCAGGUGCUGCAGGAGUAGCAGCGGCUACAAGGUUAAUUGAGAAGGGAUACAAAAAUCUUACAAUACUGGAAGCAGAAAACCGCAUAGGUGGCAGAGUUCAUACCAUUCCUUUUGCCGCAAAUGUCGUUGAUUUAGGAGCCCAAUGGUGUCACGGAGAAGUGGAUAAUGUUGUCUAUAAGUUGGCUUCAAAACACAAUGUAUUUGAUUGCAACUCAGGGCGGUAUGAUAACUUUCGAUUGACGAAAUCCGACGGUGAACAAGUUCCACUAGAGCAGAGUGAGAAACUAAUGGGCUUGAUGUGGUCAAUAUUAGAUUCUCAUAAGAAUGAGCUUAGUCAAUACCGUGGUUCGCUGGGUUCCUUUAUAAUGGAAAAGUUUAGGUUUUCCCUUGAAACGCUCGAGUAUUCCGACAUCGAGCAUGAUACUGCCUUUAAGUUUUUAGAAUUUUUCCACAAAUUUGAAAACUCAAUCGAAGCUUCCGACAGCUGGUUUGACACCUCUGGACCGGGGUACCUGCACUACUGGGAGUGCGACGGUGAAAGCCUCUUAAAUUGGAGGGAUAAAGGUUACACAACGAUCUUUGAAAUUUUAAUGAAACGAUAUCCGUCUUCAACAUCUGAUAAUGCAAUCAACGUAGAGGAAUAUAUGCAUUUUAAUAAAGUAGUUUCCAACAUUUGCUGGAAUGCAGGCCCAGAUAAUACCGUUUCAGUUCGGUGUUCUGAUAAUACCGUAUACGAUGCAGAUCAUGUCAUAUGCACCGUGUCGCUAGGUGUAUUAAAAGAGCGGUAUGAAACGCUUUUUACUCCAAACCUGCCUGCCAUUAAAAAGAAUGCCAUACAAGGACUUAGCAUAGGAACAGUAGACAAGAUAUUUCUAGAAUUCGAAAAACCAUUUUGGCCAAAAGGAUGGCAAGGUUUGAGUUUAAUCUGGAAUAAAAAUGAUCUCGAAGAUAUCAGAGCUUCGAAAAAUAGUUGGAUGGAGGAUAUAUUUGGUUUUUACCUCGUCGAUUACCAGCCUAACGUUUUGUGUGGUUGGAUUUCAGGUAAAAAUGCUCGUCAAAUGGAAAAAACGACUGAGGAUGAGGUUCGCAAAGUGUGUAUGUUUUUACUUAAAAAGUUUUUAAAAGACAUGACCGUCCCAGAGCCAGUGUCCUUCAUACGUAGUCAAUGGCAUUCGAACCCUAAUUUUCGAGGAUCAUACACGUUCCGUUCGAUCACUACAGAUUUGCUGAAAACCUCCGCCGAACAUUUGGCAUUACCUCUUACAAAUGCCUUUGGCGUCCCAGUAGUUCAAUUUGCCGGUGAAGCUACUCACAAUCACUAUUAUUCAACGGUUCACGGUGCCAUUGAAAGCGGAUGGCGUGAGGCAGAUCGAUUGGUUACCAUUUACGAAAGGCAAUCUACCAAUUCAUGUGACAAUGGUCCGAAAGCAUAUGUUGACGUAUUGAUUUUGGGUGCUGGAAUGGCAGGAUUAGGCUGUGGAAAGGCACUGCAAGAUACAGACAAAAGUUUUGUGAUAUUAGAAGCUCAAGCAAAAGCCGGCGGUAGGAUAAGCACGGUUCCCAUGCAAGCUUUUGGAGGGUCUAACGAACAAGGACCUUUAAUAGAUGCAGGAGCGCAAUGGUUACAUGGGAAAAGUAACGAACUUUACGAAAUUGCUUCUAAAAACGGUUUAUUACGAGAAGAACUAUCAGAGGAAGGAUUAGGAAUGUUUUUAAGAGAGGACGGAUAUCAAAUCGAUGACUCACUAGUAAAAAGGGUUGAUUUUCUUAUCGGACAAAUAUUAACGGACUGUGAAAAUUUCGCACAAAAAGGAUCAACGCAGUUUCCCUCUUCCGUAGAAGCAUUUCUUCAAGAGCAAUUUAAAAUCAGAGCAAUAGAAAUUUUUGACACCGAACAGCUCAUAAUAGCUGAGCAACUUUUGGAUUGGCACAUACGUUUUCAACUCAUAGAUAACUCCUGCCUAAACAUGACUGAUGUUUCAGCCAAACUUUGGGGAAGUUAUUCUUUCAAUGGAGAAAGUUGUCAAGCCCACAUAAACAUGAAACACGGAUUUCAAGCUCUUGUUAACUGCCUGAUCGAUGAUAUUGGAGAAGAUAAAAUUAUUUAUAACAAAGAAGUAACAGAAAUACGAUGGAAACGAUUAAAAUCACGAAUUAUCGUCACAUGCAGUGAUGGAACUGAAUACACCUGUCAGCAUCUUAUAGUAACCUUUUCACUAGGAAUUCUCAAACCGUCGAUUAACAAACUCUUCCAACCGACGCUUCCCAAAUCAUAUAGACGAUCUAUACGUAAUGUAGGGUUCGGAACGAUCGACAAAAUUUUUCUGCAAUUCGACAGCGCAUGGUGGAACGAUGUUGAAGGAAUUCAACUAGUAUGGAGAGAUAAACUUGAGAAAAAUUCGCACUGGACCCGAUACUUAUCAGGUUUUGACGUAGCAAAUCCUGGAUCCCCCAAUACCUUGAUUGGGUGGAUUGGAAGUUAUGGUGCUGUAGAGAUGGAAAAACUUUCAAAUGAACAAAUAGUCAGCGAUUGUAUUUUAAUACUGGAGAAAGCAACAAAGAAAAAAAUACCAAAGCCCAUUUACUUUUACUGUACGCGUUGGAAUUCAAAUCCGUACAUUCGUGGUUCGUAUAGCUACACUUCAGUCAAUUGUGACUACGAAACCGGCUUUUUGCGAGCUCUAACGGACACACUCGUUUGCGAUAAGUACGAUGAAACAACUGGGGAAAUAAAAUAUCGCGAUUCAACCCCAGGUUGCAAAGAAACGUCUGCUACCAUUCACUUUGCAGGGGAGGCGUGCCAUGAGAAAUACUUCUCAACUGUCCAUGGUGCAUUUCUUUCUGGUAUGGAGCAGGCGAAGAAACUGAUUUAAUUUCUAGGCUGCUCAAUAAUCACGUGACCAGUGGACUUGGGCAUGAUUUUGAAAAAUAAAGCUACUUACGUUUGGUCUAAAGUUGUUUGAUGUUCACCGAAAGUAUUGUUGCUGCAUGACAAAUUAUUCAACAUUUACA